AUGAUUUCAUAACUGGAGAAAAAUCAUUUCGUUGUUCACAGACUGAAAAGACUUCCUCACAAAAAAGAGCUCAGAAGACUGGAACUAGAGUCAUUUCACCUGCCAACAGUGCGGAAAGAAUUUCAAUCAACAAGGAAACCUUAAAGUUCACAUGAGAAUUCACACCGGAGUGAAGCCUUACACCUGCAAACAGUGUGGAAAUACUUUCACUGAAAAAGGAAACCUUAAAAAACAUAUGAGAGUUCACACAGGAGAGAAGCCUUACACCUGCAAACAGUGUGGAAAGAGUUUCAAUCAACAAGGAAUCCUUAAUGUCCACAUGAGAGUUCACACUGGAGAGAAGCCUUACACCUGUCAACAGUGUGGAAAUAGUUUCACUGAAAAUGGAAACCUUAAAAGGCACAUGAGAAUUCAUACUGGAGAGCAGCCUUAUGCAUGCCUUCAAUGUGGAAAGAAUUUUACACAUAAAAGCAUUUAUAAUGCCCACAUGGGAAUCCACACUGGAGAGAAGCCUUUUACCUGCCAACAGUGUGGAAAACAUUUCAGUCAACAAGGAAACCUUAAAGUCCACAUGAGGGUUCACACCGGAGAGAAGCCUUACAUCUGCAAACAGUGUGGACAUGGUUUCAUUAAAAAAGAAAGCCUUAAAAGACACAUGAGAGUUCACACUGGUGAGAAGCCUUACACAUGCUCUCAGUGUGGAAUCAGUUUCACUCAACUAUCAAGCUUUAACAGGCACAUGAGAAUUCACAUUAGAAAGGAGCAUUAAAUCUCCAAACUGUGUGAAAGAACUUUACAACAAAAUUAAACCUCAAGGUCAAUGUUAUGCUAUGGUUUUUAUGUCUACACGAGGGUCUGCGUACAGUUUGCAUGAUGCAAAAUACACAGAAAUAGUAUGCGCACCACCUGAUUUUUGUAACUGCGCGUACUUUGUACAUGCAGGUCACACAUGAGCAUUGACUUGGUUUUGCACUAAUCAAUUGUUCCAAGGUGGCAACACUGGCCCAGGCCAUCGUUUUUUGCAUUAGAAAACAAAACUAAAGAGACGGAACAAUAAUAACAAUGCUAGUGCAUGGGUACAAAAACAAAAUUUACUUUGGGCUAAGGUAUCACAUGAACAGUUACACUUGUGAGAAUCCAUUUACAUUUCAUCAGUGUAGGUGGUUGUUGGGGGGGGGGGGGUAUUCAGGUUAUCUGCAGGAUUUUUAAAAUCAAAUUUAAGGAUUCACACUUAUAGUUUGGAUUUCUUGGUUCGUUUGGUCCGGACCAAAAAAGAAAAUGAUACAUUUGGUCCUGGUCCGCUUAGUGUUCACACUGGCAUUUUUGACAGCGAACCUAAAGAUACUGAACCUAAAGGCAUAGUGAUACUUUCACAACCUGAUUGGUUGAGUUGAUGAUGUAUAUUUGGCAAUGGAACUCAUGGAACACUUCAAACAAAAGCUGUGUUUGACUUAAUAUGCAGACCGUUGUAUAACAUCAAAGUACCCAUUCACUGAUCGGUCUGCUCAGCGCCGCUUUGUCAAACACACCUAAUGACGUCUGCUGGAAUAGGCGCACUCAUUGCUGCGUGUACUUAUGAUUUUAUUUUCACCACCUGUGAACUCACAAAGAGCUCAUUAAAGGCUUUUUAGAUCCUCGUUGCUCCACAUUUACCCUUUGCUUCUUUUUGUUAUGGAUACACUGCUUGUUCCGCGUCAUCAAAUAAUGACGCACAGCUUAGCAACUUGCCAUUUUUUCCUGUUUUUGGUUCGUUUAGAAGUUUUUGGUCUGUGUUGCAUUCAUAUUUCAUUCAAACUGCACCAGAGUUUGUUUGGAAGCGGACUGAGACCCAUCUUAUUAGCGGUCUCGGACCGCUUGAUUGGUGCGCACCAGGGUUCGGAUGGCAGUGUUCACACAUACUCAAAUGAACCACACUAACAGAGCAAUCGCACCAGAGUUAAUUUUAAUUGAAACAAACAUGACAAGUGUGAACACACAUUUUGAGAAUUUUUAAAGUUAUUUUUAAGACCUGCACAAAUAAAAUGAAUACCAUAAAAGUGGGGUAUGUCUAUGGCAGUGGUCUCCAACCCUGCUCCUGGAGAGCUACUGUCGUGCAGAUUUCAGCUCCAACCCCAAACAAACACACCUGAACCAACUAAUCAAGGUGUUCAGGGCUACUUGAUAAUUACAGACAGGUGUGUUGGAGCAGGGUUGGAACUGAAGUCUGCAGGAUGGUAGCUCUCCAGGAGCAGGGUUGGAGAUCACUGGUCUGUGGUAACAGUUCAAUUAACAAU